ACUCCGGAACUCCGAUGGCAACACUUGCAGGCAAUUCGCAGGCGCAGUCAUUGGUGGGUCGGUGUUCUAGUGCGUCAUCCAACAAAUACCCGGAAUAAUCCGGGCAAUGGCAUCCCGCAACAAAAAGACAUGAACAGCUCAAAACACAAUCGCUAAAAUUCGAACCAAGCAUCAAAAUAAUACAUAAACCACUGUGAAAUAAAUAAUUAGUGUGAAAGUGUGCUACAAAAUGAUUUACUAGAAACGAAAAACACAAAUUUAGACAAGGCAAAAUGAGUAGAUUCGAACCUGGCCCUUUAGUACCGCCCAAACCCAACGGGACGAGAUUUCCAAGUCUUAUGUACCCAACCGAUCCCAAAGUGGAGCUUUGUGCUCGUAUUGAUACUUAUUAUGAUCUCACCACAGCCGCUGUUUUCUUAGUCUACAUAGUUUUUGGAAUCCUUUACACGUUUUUAGGUUAUCAGUGCUUCAAGACGGUCAUGUUUCUCACCGGAUUUAUCUUCGCUUCGGCGAUUGUUUACUUGAUAUGUCUGCAAGGCGAGCUCAUGCCGUCGUACGGAAACGCAGGUGUUGCUCUGCUGGCCGGAGUACUCUUCGGCCUGAUAACAAUGUUGGUCCAAUACGUGGGGCUCUUCGUGAGCGGCCUCCACACCGGCUUCCUCUUGGGGGUGGCCGCCCUCUUGACUGCCGAUUAUCUCAUAAACACGUCACCGAAAGGGUCAAUCUGGUUGUGUGUGGGAGUUUUACUCGGCAUGGCGCUGAUAUUCGCAGUUUUGACUUUGUAUUUUCGAAAAAGUCUCACCAUCGUCUGUACGAGUAUUUAUGGCGGUGCUAUUUUCUCGACUGCGAUUGAUUAUUUCGUGGAGAGAUUAUCGAUGAUUUCUUGGGCAUGGCAGAGGGUUUCUUUGAAACCGGUGGAACCACCUCCUUGUUGGUUCUCUUGGAUUGUUUUAGCCGCUUGGCCGUCCUUUUUUCUCACAGGAUUGAUCGUUCAGUGCACCGUUACAGGGAAAGGUAUACAUCAUGAAGUUGCCAUUCGUAAAAAACAAAGAGACCCAAUGUUGCGCGGCCAAACCAGAGCUGAAAUGAGGCAAAACAAGUACAGAUAUUUGUACCAAGUUCGCACAGCUCACGGAGAUGUGAUAAGUAGAAACUUCGUUCAAGCCAUGCAGAGUAAGGAAGGGUCCCAAAGUGGGGGCAUUGGGGAAUGCAGCACCCUACAGUCGGACGCCACACAUUUGACCAUUUUACCAGACUCGCAAUUGGCUGCCUAUGCUGAAAGUGAAGACGACAGCAGCCAAACAGAGGUUGUAACACAUCAUCAGUGAUUUAGUGUCGCAUUUUCGUCAAAAAAUCAAAAUUUUUAAACUUACUUUAUUUUUUCGAGACAAUAAUGGAUCAAAUUUUAAUUGUCUUGUCGAACAAAGUAGAUAAAAUAUUAUUGACGGAAUAUGUUC